UCCGGUUGGCCAAACGCGGCGCCGCUUUAGGCACCACCUCCUCUCGGUGCCCCGUCGUGGGCGCGCCAUGGAUCCCGGGUAUUGGAUCGGCGGCGAGUUUGAAGACUCGGUGUUCGAAGAGGGGCCGCAGCGGCGGCCGGGGUCCCCCGCACCCUACCGCGCCAAGCGCUGCGAGCCGCAGUGGUUUUAUGAAGAAACUGAGAGCAGUGAUGAUGUUGAAGUUCUAACUAUCAAGAAGUUCAAAGGGGACCUGGCCUACAGACGACAGGAGUAUCAGAAAGCACUGCAGGAGUAUUCCAGUAUCUCUGAAAAAUUGUCAUCUACCAAUUUUGCCAUGAAAAGGGAUGUCCAAGAAGGCCAGGCUCGGUGUCUUGCUCACCUGGGAAGACAUAUGGAAGCUCUAGAGAUUGCUGCAAACUUGGAAAAUAAAGCUACCAAUACAGACCAUUUAACCACUGUGCUCUACCUCCAACUUGCUAUUUGUUCAGGUUUGCAGAACUUGGAGAAAACAAUUUUCUGCCUGCAGAAACUGAUUUCUUUGCAUCCUUUUAAUCCUUGGAGCUGGGGCAAAUUGGCAGAGGCUUACCUGAAUCUAGGGCCAGCUCUCUCAGCAUCGAUUGCAUCAUCUCAGAGACAGAACAAUUUCACCUCAAGUAAUAAAACUGUCCUGUCCUCCUUUCCACACUCAAGAAAGGACUGUAUUUUGUGUUUCCCUGAAACUGUGCCUGAGAGCUCUGUGCUUUCUGUGGAAGCAAGUGUCAGGAAUGGCCAGAAAAUCGAGAAAGCUUUUAAAAACAGUCAGAAUUGUGUGACUGGAAAGGGAGAAGCAGUGUUGAUAGAGACUCAGAUGAAAGCAUGUGCCUCUCUGAUUCGAACCAGACUUUUACUUCAGUUCACCCAAUCGCAACAAACAUCAUUUGCUUUGGAGAAGAACCUAAGGACCCAACAGGAAAUUGAAGAUAAAAUGAAAAGUUUCAGCUUCAAAGAAGACACUUUGCUGUGGAUCGCUGAGGUUAUGGGAGAAGAUAUCGUUCAGGAAAAAAUAAAAGAAGAAGUUCACUCAGAGGUGAAGAACAUUGGCUCUGCAGCUCUGACUGCCUUGGUGACUGCAUCCUCGAAAGAAUUUGAAGACAAGUGGUUCAGAAAGAUCAAAGACCAUUUCUGUCCCUUUGAAAAUCAGUUCCAUACAGAGAUACAGAUCUUGGCUUAGAGGUCCAUUUAAAAACAAAAACAUCUUGCACAGUAUUAAUUGUCCUUGUUUACUUCAGACAGGAUCUGCUGAACAUGGAAAAAGUGAAUUUAUAAUUAUGACUUCUUUCCCAGAUAAUUUAUACUGACAGUGCAUUUAGUGUAUUUUGCUCUUUUUAGAUUUCUUGCUUUCCCUAUAUAUUGUAUCAUCGGCCUACUUCCCUUUGAAGGCAUCUGCUGGGAAAGCAAAUAAGAGACUUUCAUAUCGUAUGGUCUCUUAAAGACAGUUACUGUAUUGUAGCUAGCAGUGUAAGAACCCACUUUUUUUCUUCAGGUAAAUUCAUCAGCAGUGUUCAAGAAUGUUGAAAUAUGAGAAUAAACCAUUUCUAAGUAGAGUGUAUCAAGAACUGCAAAGGGUGCCUAUAAUCCCAGUGGUUCAGGAGGCUGAGGCAAGAGGAUUGUGAGUUCAAAGCCAGCUCUAGUGAAAGCAAGGCACUAAGCAACUCAAUGAGACCCUGUCUCUAAAUAAAAUGUGAAAUAGGGCUGGGGAUGUGGUUCAGUGGCCUAGUGCCCCUGAGUUCAAUCCCCGGUACCAAAAAAAAAAAAAAAAAUGCAAAGGAUCUAAGAGUUUACCCUAAUCUGAAAGCUAUCAAGUUAGCCUGCCACAGCCUUGGUGCUGAGAGAAGACAGGAGACUUCUAGAUCAGAGAUAAAGGGUUUCAUAACACAAGGUCCAGCGAGCAGUAUGAGCUCCAGCAUGUUUGCAUCAGCUCCUCUUUCCUGUGGGUCUCAUGGAGCUGUCACACAUGGGCACACAUGAAUGCCUCCAACACCUCCUAUAAUGUGCACUGUAUGGCUUGUGUUACUGGAGAGAAGCCCCGAGUUAGUAAACUCCAGUCUGUUGCAGUGAGUAGUAAGCAUGCUUGCCCUUUGCGCCAGAAGGAGACACUGUCUCCUUUGCUGUGCAGACAUCUUUGAAAGACAGCCUGGAACAGAGAGUAUCAAGUGCAUUACGUACAAGACAUGCAGAAACGGGAGAGACUCAUGGAACAUUGUCAUACAAAGAGCCUUUGUUUUUGGUAUCAGGGAUUAAGCUCAGGGGGUCUCGGCCACUGAGCCACAUCCCCAGCCUUCUUUUGUAUUUUAUUUAGAGACAGGGUCUCACUGAGUUGCUUAGUGCCUCGCUUUUGCUGAAGCUGGCUUUGAACUUGAGAUCCUCCUGCCUCAGCCUCUCAAGUGGCUGGGAUUACAGGCUUGCGCCAUCAUGCCUGGCAAAGAGGCAUUAAUUUACUGAAUGAAUAAUCUGUGAUGGAGGAGCUCACUUAUAAAUGGAAUUUAAUAAUAAACCCAUACCUCAUCAAA